AUGUUUCCUACGGGCGAUGCGCUGGCAGUUAGCGAAGGCAGCAGCCACCGCCAGAAGCAGCAGCAGUGCCGCAGCGGUGGCAACGGUGAUGGCAGCGGCACUGACGGCGACAACACAAGCAGCAGCCGUAACGACGCCGGGAACUCGCUGAACAGCGGCAGCAGCAGCGGUGGUGGUGGCGGCCGUGGCGCCACGGCGAAGGGCCCAUUCCUCGGCAGGGAAGAAGGCAGCGGUGAGGCGAAUGUCUCGAUAGCCCGCACGCCGAGCGGUGACGGUCAGCCGCAGUAUGCGCGGCCGAGGUCGGAGAACCCGCCGGCAAUGACCUCUCUGCUGAGCCGUCGCUGUCUAGACGGUGCCGUUGCUGUAGACAGUGCCGAAGACGGCGACAGCACUCCUAGCGUCGACGGCGACGUCGACCGUGCGCGGCCAAGUUCGCCUUUUGUGCUCCGCUGCAACCACCUGCGCGGGCCCCCUAUCGCGGCUGUUAUGACACCGGAUGCAGCAAGCGGUCGACCCGCUGGCAGUCAGCAUAGCUCAAAAGCGGACCUGCUGGAGGCGCAAGGCGAUCCGUCGAUGUCUUCGCCUCGCCAACAACUCCAACGCCCCGUGUCGAGCGACAGCAUCAUCUUCAGCAUCGUCUCCUCAAACAGCUCUCGCGACGAGGGCGAAAAUCGGGGGUCGGAGGCGGCACGGACACGGCGGCACGCUGGCGACGGCGAUAACAAUGGAAGCGAGACUGGUAAACACGGCGUCGAGAGCGGGGCAGACUCGAUGCACUCGUCACCGGUGGCUGUCACGCUCUGGGGCGUCGACCGCGAUCUCCGCCGCAAGCGCAUCAAGAAGGUCAGCCACUACAUCCUCGGCCCGCUGCUCGGGGAGGGCAGCUACGGCGUCGUGCGCGACUGCAUCGACCUCAACACGGACAACGCCGACCGGCGCUUCUCGCGGUGCGCCAUCAAGAUAAUCAGUGGGCACUACGCCAAGUUCGACAUGUCAGCAGCGAACCCGAGCACGGCGCCGGCGACGUCGCCCGCCGCGGCCGAGGAUGGCGCUGGCGGCGGUGCUCCGGCAGGCGCCCGAGGCACGCUAAAGCGCACGUCUGGCAUGCAGUACCGCCGUGAGGAGGACUUGAAGCGGCAGGAGACCUUUCAGCGGGAGAUGCGCAACCUGCAGCGCUUCCACAGCAAGAACAUCAUCCGCGCCCUCGACGCCUUCACCCGCUACAGCAAGGAGUACGUUGUGAUGCCCAUCGCCAUCUGCAGCCUAAGGCAACUGGUGCAGCGGAUGCUGCGCACGCGGUGGCGCGAGGCGGUGCGGGAGUGGCGGCGAGCGCAGCGUCGGCUGCAGCGGAGGCAGCGGCACAAGCGAGGCCCCUUCGGCCCCUCCGUCAGCGGAGAUCAGACACCGCCGCCGCCACCGCAGUCGCCAUGGCUUCCCACAGUGCCCUCUGCGGUGGAGGAACUAGAUAUGGAUGAGCUUGCCUUCAUGACAGACGGCGAGUGCGAUGACGACGACGGCGGCACUGACGGCAUCUCCGCGAGUCGACCUCACAGCAGCAGCAGCAGCAGCGACGGUGACGACGGCGUUGCUGCUGGGCGGGACAGUAAAACGAGCAUGGUCAACCACGAUGAAGAGUCGCAGCGUCCCCACUGUGGCACCAGCACCGCCGCCACAGCGCACAUCAACGACAGCUAUACGAUCCACUCCAACGGAUCGCCCUCUUCCCAGUCGCCCCAGCAGCCAUCAGCUGAGCACUACCCAGCCUUCGCCGGGGGCCACCACCGCGGAGGCGGUGACGGAAGCUGGGGGGACGACGUCAGCGACCCCAGCUCCGUGAGCACGACAGGGACGAAUAACGCCAUCACCGUCAUCAGCGCGACACCGCCGACCCUGUCGGCCAUCGAGCUCCCGAUGGAGUGCGACGAUUUUGUUGGCAGCGGCGUCAACAGUCCUGACAGGCAGCUGCCAGCCGCCGCGUCACCGGCACCGGCACCAGCAGCUGCCGCACAGCACAUCCGGCCACGCAUGUCGCUUCCCGUGUGCUCGCCGACGCUGCUGAAGGGCAUCUUCUACCAGCUCGUGUCCGGCGUUGCCUACCUGCAUCAGCAGCACCUGGCGCACAACGACAUCAAGCCGUCGAACGUGCUGCUCUUCGAGGACGGCACCGUGAAGCUGGCCGACCUCGGCAGCGUCAGCGACACGUACAACGACCAAGGCUCCCCGCUCUGUGCUUCGCCGGAGCUGUGCAAGUACUUUUACGGCGCCGCGACGCCGCCGGCGUCCUUCUCGCAGUCGACGCAGCACGUUGGGCGGGAUGCGGCGCAGUCCAGCGACAUGUGGUGCUGCGGGCUGACGCUCUAUUACCUCAUCACCGGAAAACCCGGCCCGCUGCCGGUGCAGCUGCAAUACUUCCGCGCAUUGAACAGCAAGCAGGCGCACCAGUCGUUUCGGUCCUUCACGCUGCAUGGCGACAGCGGCCAAGCGGCCCUGCCCCCCGUCGUGACCCGCUACCAGCUUUACCGCGAGAUUGCCCAGCAGACAACGCCGGUGGACCUCAGCGACCUACCGGAUAUGGUAGCACCGGACGUGGGCAAUGACGUGCUGCUCCCAAGCUCACUGACGUUGAGCAAAGAUAAGACCCCACACGGUGACUCUGUGGACGAUGCGGCCACGUCGUUGUACCCGCCUAACGGCGUGCGACAUCUCCUGGCAGGGCUCCUUGAGCUGGACCCGCUGCGUCGCCUCACCGCCGAGCAGGCGCUACGCCACCCGUGGCUGCGCAUGGCCUUCCGCUCCAAGACGAGUGAAACGAGUAGCAACAGCACGAUCAGCCAGACCAGCGCAGCGAACAGCCGCGGCAGGCAGCAGGGUGAUGCGCAGCGGCAGCAGCGCAAGGCGCCGUCGAAGCAGGCCAUGGAAGAGGCCAUUCAGCGGGAUGUGGCGCGUCGCGUGAUGGAGUCGCGGCACGUGCAGCACAUGAUGCGCCAGGAUCGACAGCGGCACCUUCAGUUCGUUGCGGACUGCUGCAACCUGCUGAACCUCGCCAUACCUCCAGAGAUCAUCAAGGUGCACCCCGAGGCGCCCUACCACGAGGACAACGGUGCCGGCAUGUGCUCCUCUUCACCGCCAGCGCUGCAGGUGUAUCGCCCCAACUCACUGGCCGCGGCGGCGGCGGCUGUGUCGGGGCGUAACACCCGUCUUGGUCGGCGCUCCGCCGGUGCGAACACGCCAGGGCCGCGCUGUGGCACUGGCGGUAGUGAAUGGUCUGUCACCUCACACAACAGCCACAACGCAGCCGUGACGGGGGUCGUCCUACGGAACGUCAUGCGACCACGCGUGAUGCCGCCCGGGUGCGUCGACACAGACCUGUUCCUCCCACACUCGGAGGAGGACUACUAUGAGCAGAAGAGUGGCAAGGCGGAGUUUGAUGUGCGGGUGCUGCGCCGCAAGCCGCUGCUCAUGGCGCAGCUCAACGAGUACUUUCACAACGUCGUGCUCGUGCAGUGCGGGUACCGGACGGGGCCCGAUCCGAACUACCAGGCAAUGCGUCUGCGAGCCGUGCCUGUCGAGGAUGAGAACGGCGGUGAUAGCAGCGGUGGGAGUCAAGGAGGCACCCAACAGCCAGCGGUCAUGAUCCUGCCAGGCGUCAGUGGCAGCGUCUAUCGUCGCAGCCCGGCCCUGGGGCUGUCAUCGAUGCCGGCAGCAGCGUCGGUGGCGAGGAAUAGUUUCGAUUACGGCGAGUCUGUGGACGUGUGGGCCGCUGGUCCUCGCCACAACCCGCGCACCCACGUUGACGGUCACCGGGAGGUGGUUGCGGCCGCCUCCUCGACUGGUGCUGUUGCAGGUCGUGGAGCCAACCUGUCCAGAGCAAGCGCCGCAGCUGCUCGCUCGCUGAUCGGCACAUCCCUUCCCGGGGACGCCGCGCCGUCGCGGUCGUCUGCUGCUGGCGGCACCGGCAACAGGGCUCCAGAUGCUGGAAGUCAUCCUGACCUCUGCUGUGGCAGAGGGAGCACAAGAGACAGCGGCAACGCCAGUGCCAGUCGUCGCGUGGCCCGCAGAGGUCGCGGGCGCGGCCAGAGUGACGUCAGUGAGUCCCCGUCGGAAGAGGAGGCCAACGUCGCCAUGCGGGAAAGUUCGAAGUGUCUGUGCGGUCUGGUGUAA